AUGUGGAGGGUGGACGACGCCCCGUCGAAGUCGAACCACAACAACCACGCAAGCGUCGAAAGGUUCAAGGUGAGCCACAAGGAGAUCUACCGCCGCUACGCCGCCCAUUACGAGCUGCUCGUCUCGCGCCAGGACUACGCGGGCAACAUCGAAAGAUCGAUUCGCGAGCUCGACGUCUUCCAUCCCGACGUUGACGUCGUCGAGCUGGGCGCCGGCACGGGAAGACUCACCCGUAUGGUGGCCCCCUGGGUUCGAUCCAUCCACGCCUUUGAUUCCUCAUCCCACAUGCUCGAUCUCGCUCGCGAACGGUGGACGCUGUCGUACGUGAAGGCGGAGGUGUGGUCAUCCCUGACGUGGGACGUCGAGGUGAAGCGAGUACUCGCCGAUCUCCGCGCACUCCUUCGACCGCACGGCUCCCUCGUCAUCCUCGAGACCCUCGGUACGGGCAACGAGGAGCCCAAUCGGCGCAACCUGUUCUACGCACUGCUGGAGGAGGCUGGCUUCCAUUUCCGAUGGUUCAGAACAGACUACCGCUUCGUCGACUGGGACGAGGCCAUCGCCCUCACACGCUUCUUCUUUGGCAACAAGAAGAGCGAAGAGUCAAGCAGAGGCGCAAAAAGCGAAGCGAAGAACAGGAGGGGAGGCAGCGAAAGCGAAGAAAGAACGAAAACGAAGGAGACCACGACAGAGCACGACGAGCAAGCCAAGGAAGCAGAAGUGAAAGAACAAGAAGAAACAAAGGAAGAAGAAGAGGAAGAGGAUACCGAGGAAGCAACACUUCCCGAAUGCACAGGGCUGUGGUGGAUCAAAGGCGAAGACAUGAAGCUGUAG